AUGGCCACAAGCACCUGCUGCCUUGAUGCCCCUUACAGACAUCUAGGACACCAGCUCUGUGGUGCCAAGAUCUUCACCAAGCUGGACCUAAGAUGGGGUUACAACAACAUCCAAGUCAAGGAAGGCAACAAAUGGAAAACUGCCUUCUGGGCCAAGUACAGGUUAUACAAAUCACUGGUUAUGACCUUUGGCCUGACAAAUGCCCAUGCUGCCUUCCAGCACUUCAUGAACAAACUGUUCAAGGACUUGCUUGAUGUCUGUGUCAUCAUCUACCUCAAUGAUAUCUUGAUCUACUCCAAAAAUGAUGCCAACCACUCUAAACAUGUCCAUGAAGUCCUAUGCUGCCUGAUGGAAAACCAGUUUUUCUGCAAAGCAUCAAAGUGCACAUUCCAUGUGACUUUGGUAGAAUACCUGGGGAUUGUUGUUUCUGAUGAGGGAUUCAGUUUGGAUAAACUCAAAAUCCAGGCAGUUCAGGAUUGGCCUAUGCCCACCAAGGUCAUGGAUGUUGUAGACACACUUGAUACCAGAGAAUUCAUUCCCAUUUUCUCAAAUUUAAACUAA